GAGGGGAUUUCUGUUAGGUUUUUUUUUUGUGUGUGGAGCUGCAGCCAGAGGCUGCAGGUCGGGGCGUCCAGGAGGAGUGUUGCUGACUGCGAGAGACCGAGGUCGCUUUGCCCUUCUGGGCAGAGCGUCUGGUGCGCCCCGGGUUCGCGCUCGCUCGCGGGGCCGCCGCCGUCCCCCGGUCCGCUCUCCUCAGCAUGGGCGGCCGGUAGGAGCGUGGUUUCGCUGGUCCCCUCGCAGGGGAGGAGGCAGCGGCCACCUCGGCAAUGACGGCGAUGGCGGUGGAGACGCGGCCGGAGCUGGUGGGGAAGCGGUUCCUGUGCGUGGCGGUCGGCGACGAGGUGCGGUCGGACCGCUGGGCGAGCGGACGCUGCUGGCGGGGCUGGCGAGCGGGGGUCAUUCGAGCUGUGUCACAUAGGGACAGCCGCAAUCCGGACCUGGCGGCAUAUGUGGAAUUUGAUGAUCUUGAAUGGGAUAAACGAGAGUGGGUUAAAGUUUAUGAAGAUUUUUCGGCCUUCUUGGUGGAAUACCACUUAAUCUGGGCCAGAAGGAACAGCCCUAGCCAGACUCAGGGAUCAAAGAGCAAACAGAUUCAGUGGCCUGCAUUGACUUUCAAACCCCUGGUUGAAAAAAGUAUACCCAGUUCAAUCACUGCUGUAGAAUUCCUUGUAGAUAAACAACUGGAUUUUUUAACUGAAGAUAGUGCCUUUCAGCCCUACCAGGACGACAUAGACAGCCUAAACCCAGUUCUCAGGGACAACCCACAACUUCAGGAAGAAGUGAAAGUCUGGGUAAAGGAACAAAAGGUUCAGGAGAUUUUUAUGCAAGGUCCUUAUUCCUUAAAUGGAUACAGAGUGAAGGUAUAUAGACAAGACUCUGCCACCCAGUGGUUUACUGGCAUAAUUACUCAUCAUGAUCUCUUCACUCGCACCAUGAUCGUUAUGAAUGAUCAGGUACUAGAACCACAGAAUGUCGAUCCUUCUAUGGUUCAAAUGACCUUUCUAGAUGAUGUUGUUCACUCUUUAUUAAAAGGUGAAAAUAUUGGCAUUACAUCACGGCGAAGGUCUCGUGCCAGUCAAAAUAGCAACGUUGUUCACAGUCAUUAUACACGUGCCCGAGCAAAUAGUCCCAGACCAGCAAUGAACUCUCAAGCUGCUGUACCAAAACAGAAUACACACCAGCAACAGCAACAAAGAAAUAUCCGUCCAAAUAAGAGGAAGGGCUCAGAUAGCAGUAUACCAGAUGAAGAGAAGAUGAAGGAGGAAAAAUAUGAUUAUAUAGCACGAGGAGAAAAUCCUAAAGGUAAAAACAAACAGUUGAUGAAUAAAAGAAGGAAACCUGAAGAGGAUGAAAAGAAACUAAAUAUGAAAAGACUACGAACUGACAAUGUUUCAGACUUUUCUGAGAGUAGUGACUCAGAAAAUUCAAAUAAGAGAAUAAUAAAUAAUUCCUCAGAGCAGAAGCCAGAGACUGAGUUGAAAAAUAAAAAUACUUCAAAGAUAAAUGGAGAAGAAGGAAAAUCCCAGAAUAAUGAGAAGGCAGGAGAAGAGACACCAAUAGAUAGCCAGCCUCCCUGGGAUCAAAUACAGGAAGAAAAAAAACACGAAGAAGCAGAAAAGCAGAAGUCUGUUGACUCUCAGCUUCAAGGAAAAAUGAUUAUCCACUCAUCAGAACAGGCCACACUUUCUGAUCAUAAUCCCAAUGAUUUACUUCUUCAGGAAUGCAAUAUGGAAAAAACACAUACAGUGGAAUUGUUACCAAAGGAGAAGUUCAUAUCCAGACCACCCACACCAAAAUGUGUUAUUGAUAUUACGAAUGACACUAAUUUGGAAAAGGUGGCUCAGGAAAACUCAAGCACAUUUGGCAUUCAGACGCUUCAGAAAAUGGAUUCUAGUGUUAGUGAUUCAAAACAUUCAAUUGCAAAUACAAAAUACUUAGAAACAGCAAAACGAGAUUCUGACCAGAGCUGGGUCAGUGAUGUAGUUAAAGUAGAUUUAACCCAAUCAAAUGUUAGGAAUGCUUGUUCAGGAAAUGAUCACCUGAAUAUGGAAAAAGAGAAAAAUCAAUAUGUCUCUUACAUGUCUUCUCUAAACACAGUUUCUGUCAUGGAAGAUAAGCUGCAUAAGCGAAGUCCGCCCCCAGAGACUAUAAAAUCUAAACUUAAUACUUCAGUAGAUGCUCACAAGACAAAAUCUAAUCCAUCACCUGAAGCUAUUAAACCUAAAAUUACCCAUUCUCCUGAUUCUGUAAAGACUAAAGCCACUUAUGUGAACAGCCAAGCUGCUGUUGAAAGAAGACUGGCAAGUAAGAUAGAACAUGAGUUAUCAAGAUGCAGUUUUCAUCCAGUUCCUAUUCGAGGCACUACAUUGGAAACUACAAAGAGCCCUCUUAUCAUUGAUAAAAAUGAGCAUUUCACAGUUUACAGAGAUCCUGCGCUUAUUGGGUCAGAAACAGGAGGUAAUCACAUUUCACCUUUCUUAAACCAGCAUCCUUUUCCUCUUCAUUCUUCAUCCCAUAGAACCUGUUUAAAUCCAGGUACCCAUCACCCUGCCUUAAGUCCUGCACCCCACUUACUGGCCGGAUCAUCCAGUCAAACUCCAUUACCUACCAUUAACACUCACCCUCUGACUAGUGGUCCACACCAUUCUGUUCAUCACCCUCAUUUACUUCCUACUGUGUUACCUGGAGUGCCUACUGCCUCCUUACUUGGUGGCCACCCACGACUAGAGACUGCUCAUGCCAACAGCUUGAGCCACUUAGCACUAGCACACCAGCAACAGCAACAGUUGUUACAGCACCAGUCACCUCAUCUUCUUGGACAAGCCCAUCCUUCUGCUUCAUAUAAUCAGCUUGGACUUUAUCCAAUUAUUUGGCAAUAUCCAAAUGGAACACAUGCGUACUCAGGACUUGGUCUACCUUCUUCUAAGUGGGUUCACCCAGAAAAUGCAGUUAAUGCUGAAUCUUCAUUAAGGAGGAAUUCUCCCAGUCCUUGGUUACAUCAACCAACCCCUGUGACCUCAGCAGAUGGUAUUGGAUUACUUAGUCACAUUCCUGUCAGACCCUCCAGUGCAGAGCCUCAUCGGCCUCUUAAAAUUACAGCGCAUUCCAGUCCACCAUUGACAAAAACUUUAGUAGAUCAUCAUAAAGAAGAAUUGGAGAGGAAAGCCUUUAUUGAACCGUUACGUUCUGUUGCGUCCACAUCAGUGAAAAACGACCUGGAUCUAAAUAGGUCACAGACUGGAAAAGAUAGUCAUUUGCAUAGGCAUUUUGUGGAUCCUGUAUUGAAUCAAUUGCAGAGACCAUCCCAGGAGACUGGAGAGAGAGUAAACAAAUAUAAGGAGGAACACCGUCGAAUUCUUCAAGAAAGUAUUGAUGUUGCUCCCUUUACAACUAAAAUCAAGGGCCUUGAGGGUGAGAGAGAGAAUUAUUCCAGAGUAGCAGCAUCAUCUUCUAGCCCUAAAAGCCAUGUCAUCAAACAAGACAAAGAUGUGGAAUGCUCAGUAUCAGAUCUUUAUAAAAUGAAGCACUCAGUGCCUCAGAGUUUACCCCAAAGUAACUAUUUCACAACACUGUCUAAUAGUGUGGUCAAUGAACCACCAAGGUCCUACCCAUCCAAAGAGGUUUCAAAUAUUUACACUGAAAAGCAGAGUAAUACCCUUGCUGCAGCAGCUAAUCCUCAAACUCUGACUUCAUUUAUAUCGUCUCUUUCAAAGCCUCCACCUUUAAUUAAACACCAACCAGAAAGUGAAGGUUUAGUAGGCAAGAUACCAGAACAUCUUUCCCAUCAAAUUGCUUCUCACUCAGUAACAACCUUCAGAAAUGAUUGUAAUAGAAGUCCUACCCAUUUGUCAGUUUCUUCUACAAAUACACUCCGGAGCAUGCCUGCUUUACAUAGAGCACCAGUAUUUCACCCACCAAUCCAUCACAGCCUGGAAAGAAAGGAAAGCAGCUAUAGUAGCCUUUCCCCUCCAACUUUAACUCCAGUGAUGCCUGUAAAUGCUGGUGGGAAAGUUCAAGAAUCACAAAAGCCUCCAACUCUAAUUCCUGAGCCAAAAGACUCUCAGGGAAAUUUUAAGAGUUCUGAAAAGAGUUUGACAGAAAUGUGGAAAUCUAAUAAUAACCUCAGCAAAGAGAAAGCUGAAUGGCAUGUGGAGAAAAGCAGCGGAAAGUCACAGGCUGCUAUGGCAUCUGUCAUUGUACGUCCACCUUCUAGUACAAAAGUUGAUGGCAUGCCAGCAAUGCAGUUAGCUUCCAAAGAUCGAGUUAGUGAACGAUCUUCAACUGGGGCAAAUCAAACAGAUUGCCUGAAACCAGCAGAAGCUGGAGAGGCUGGAAGAAUCAUUCUGCCAAGUGUGAAUUCAGACAGUGCUCAUAUAAAAUCUGAAAAAAACUUUCAGGCUGUCUCACAGGGCAGUAUUCCCAGUUCAGUCAUGUCUGCUGUAAAUAUAAUGUGUAAUACUGAAACGGAUGUAUGCACAUCUGCUGCCACUACCACCAGUGUUUCCAGCUGGGGUGGUUCAGAAAUAAUUUACUCUUUAUCAAAUACUGUUUUGGCCUCUAAAUCUUUAGAAUGUACCUCUUCAAAAAGUGUCAGUCAUUCAGUGUCUCAAACACAAGAAUGCAAGGUCAGCACCACAGCUCCAGUUACACCAUCCAGUAGUAAGACAGGAAGUGCUGUUCAGCCCAGCUCUGGGUUCUCAGGCACAACUGAUUUUAUCCAUUUAAAAAAGCACAAGGCAGCAUUGGCUGCAGCUCAGUAUAAAAGUAGUAAUGUCAGUGAGACUGAGCCUAAUGCUUUGAAAAAUCAGACAUCUUCAGCCUCCCUUCUCUUGGAUAGCACUGUAGUCUGUAGUACAAUAAACAAAGCUAACUCUGUAGGAAAUGGGCAAGUGUCCCAGACAAGUCAACCAAACUACCAUACUAAACUGAAAAAGGCCUGGCUUACUAGACAUUCAGAGGAAGAUAAAAAUACUAAUAAAACGGAAAAUUCAGGGAAUUCUGUAUCAGAAAUUAUUAAGCCAUGUUCUGUCAAUUUAAUAGCCUCUACAUCUAAUGAUAUACAAAACAGUGUAGAUAGUAAGAUCAUAGUUGAUAAAUACAUAAAAGAUGAUAAAAUCAAUCGGAGAAAAGCCAAAAGAACUUAUGAAUCUGGCUCUGAAAGUGGAGACUCGGAUGAAAGUGAAAGCAAGUCAGAGCAAAGGACUAAAAGGCAACCUAAGCCAACUUACAAAAAGAAGCAAAAUGAUUUGCAGAAGAGAAAAGCUGAAAUAGAAGAAGAUUUAAAACCCAAUGGGGUUCUCAGCAGGAGUGCCAAAGAAAAAAGUAAAUUGAAGUUGCAGAGCAAUAGUAAUAGUGCUGGCAUCCCUCGUUCGGUAUUAAAAGAUUGGCGUAAAGUCAAGAAGCUGAAGCAAACUGGGGAAUCCUUUUUACAGGAUGACUCCUGCUGUGAGAUAGGGCCUAAUUUGCAAAAGUGCCGGGAAUGUAGACUUAUCCGGAGUAAAAAAGGAGAAGAACCAAGUCACUCACCAGUAUUUUGUAGAUUUUACUACUUUAGACGAUUGUCAUUUAGUAAAAAUGGAGUGGUUAGAAUAGAUGGUUUCUCUUCUCCUGACCAAUAUGAUGAUGAAGCUAUGAGUUUAUGGACACAUGAAAAUUACGAAGAUGAUGAACUAGACAUAGAAACUUCAAAAUACAUCUUGGAUAUAAUAGGUGAUAAGUUCUGUCAAUUAGUAACAUCUGAAAAAACAGCUUUGUCCUGGGUGAAGAAGGAUGCCAAAAUUGCCUGGAAAAGAGCAGUGAGAGGAGUCCGGGAGAUGUGUGAUGCAUGUGAAGCAACGUUGUUUAACAUUCACUGGGUCUGCCAAAAAUGUGGAUUUGUGGUCUGCUUAGAUUGUUACAAGGCAAAGGAAAGAAAGAGUUCUAGAGAUAAAGAACUAUAUGCUUGGAUGAAGUGUGUGAAGGGACAGCCUCAUGAUCACAAACAUUUAAUGCCAACUCAAAUUAUCCCUGGUUCUGUUUUGACAGAUCUUCUAGAUGCGAUGCACACUCUUAGAGAAAAAUAUGGUAUAAAAUCCCAUUGUCACUGUACUAACAAACAGAAUAUACAAGUUGGAAAUUUUCCUACAAUGAAUGGCAUGUCUCAAGUUUUACAGAAUGUUCUUAAUCACAGUAAUAAAAUUUCUCUGUGCAUGCCUGAGUCUCAGCAGCAAAAUACCCCUCAGAAGUCUGAGAGUAAUGGCAACAGCAGCCCAGCGAGUGAUAUAAGCACAGACAGCAAGUUAACUCCUCCAGAAUCCCAAUCACCACUGCACUGGUUAGCAGAUCUUGCAGAGCAAAAAGCCAGAGAGGAAAAAAAAGAAAACAAAGACCUUGCCCUUGAAAAGCAAAUUAAAGAAGAGGGAGAACAAGACAACCCUGAUUCUCCGAACAGCAGAACGUCACCUCCUGUGUCCCAGAAUAAUGAACAAGGCUCAACCUUACGGGAUUUGCUGACCACAACAGCUGGCAAGCUUCGUGUGGGUUCCACAGAUGCUGGCAUUGCCUUUGCACCAGUGUAUUCGAUGGGAACCCCAAGUGGUAAAACUGGAAGGACUAUGCCAAACAUUCUUGAUGACAUAAUUGCUUCGGUUGUUGAAAACAAAAUUCCACCAAAUAAAGCCUCUAAGAUAAAUGUGAAACCAGAGCUUAAAGAAGAGCCUAAAGAGAGCAGAAAAUCUGCCAUGGAUGAAAACAAUAAAUUAUACAGUGAUAUACCACAUUCUUGGAUCUGUGAGAAGCAUAUUCUGUGGCUUAAGGACUAUAAAAAUAUUAAUAAUUGGAAGCUUUUCAGAGAGUUUUGGAAACAUGGACAACCUGCAGUGGUUUCUGGUGUGCAUAAGAAAAUGAACACUAGCUUGUGGAAGGCGGAAUCAAUUAGUCUUGAUUUUGGAGACCACCAAGCUGAUCUCUUGAACUGCAAAGACAGCAUUAUUUCAAAUGCCAAUGUUAAGGAAUUCUGGGAUGGUUUUGAAGAAGUUUCAAAACGGCAAAAAACAAAAAGUGGAGAAACAGUUGUUUUAAAAUUGAAAGACUGCCCUUCAGGAGAAGACUUCAAGACUAUGAUGCCAGCAAGAUAUGAAGAUCUUUUAAAAAGCCUGCCAUUGCCAGAAUAUUGUAAUCCAGAAGGAAAAUUCAAUUUGGCCUCUCACUUGCCAGGAUUUUUUGUACGCCCCGAUCUAGGACCCAGGUUGUGCAGUGCCUAUGGUGUAGCUGCUGCUAAAGAUCAUGAUAUAGGAACAACAAAUCUCCAUGUUGAAGUUUCUGAUGUUGUAAAUAUUCUAGUCUAUGUUGGCAUAGCAAAAGGAAAUGGCGUUCUCUCAAAAACAGGAAUACUCAAGAAAUUUGAGGAAGAAGAUUUGGAUGACAUUUUAAGAAAACGGUUGAAGGACUCAAGUGAAAUACCUGGUGCUCUGUGGCAUAUUUAUGCUGGGAAAGACAUUGACAAGAUAAGGGAAUUUCUUCAGAAGAUUUCAAAGGAACAAGGCCUUGAAGUUCUACCAGAACAUGAUCCAAUACGUGACCAAAGUUGGUAUGUGAACAGAAAGCUCCGCCAAAGACUGCUUGAGGAAUAUGGAGUCAGAACCUGCACUCUGAUUCAGUUCCUUGGCGAUGCUGUUGUCUUACCAGCGGGAGCACUUCAUCAGGUACAGAAUUUUCACAGCUGUAUUCAGGUAACCGAAGACUUUGUGUCUCCAGAACAUCUUGUACAGUCAUUUCAUUUAACACAGGAACUGAGACUUUUGAAGGAAGAAAUCAAUUAUGAUGAUAAACUACAGGUUAAAAAUAUCUUGUAUCAUGCAGUCAAGGAAAUGGUGAGAUCUUUGAAGAUACAUGAAGAUGAAUUAGAGGAUAUGGAAGAAAAUUAGGUGUGGUCCAGUUUGAUGUUUUUAGGCCAUUGAACUGAGAUUACUUACUCUUGAACAGUGAUAUGUAUGCACACUGACUUAAGCUUCAUAAAACCAUCAGUGCCAAGAAAUUCUCUUUGUAGUAAUUACUUGUUACUGACACCGCAGCAGUAUAGCAUAAGUCACACUUCCUGUGAUUCAAUGUUAGUUAUUAAAACAAGCUAAAUUUAAAAAGCAGCGCUUCAUAGCUGUUUUUGUAUUAUAGUGUAUAUGAUAUUUGUGAAAAUGCCAGAUUUAAAAUGAUGUAUUUAUUUUUGGAAGAAAAGAUACAAAAUUCUAUGCUAUAUUGUUGAUCAAGUGUAAAUGUGACCUUGUACAGUUUACUAAAAUAACUGAUAUUUUUCACUACAUUGAGACAGUUACUGUGAGAAUAGGACACAAACACCAGCUAUUGCCUGCAUUUGGGAAAUUGCUGAAUCGCACAGCAUUCAUGUCAUAAUCAGAAAAUUACUGCCAAAUAAUUGUAAAAUUUGUAAAAUGUAAAGUAUAUAAAGUAGAUACUAAAUACAGACACUUCAAUAUUUUGUUGAAGCUAUUGACUGUACAAUUAAACAUUUUCAAAAGGUGUAAUUUAUUUAAAAUUGUCUCAUUUUGGUAAAAUUUAUGUGAACUUUUAAAGCUAAAUAUUAAACUUAAUAUGCUAUGUAAAUAUAUACAUAUAUACAUUUAAUGAUGUAUUUUUUUAAAACAUUGGCUUGCUUUUAUUUGUUAAAGUGCAAGUGUUACAUAUGGCUUUGUACAUUAAAGUUGAAAGGGGUUUUACAUUUUCCAUUAAA